AUGGGAGUCCUCGGCGUGACUGUGUCUGAAGAUCAACGAAAGCAUGUUCCCAGUUCUGAGCAGAAUUUGCAAGAAGACCACUUCCACAAGCACCUUCCACCAAAUCACGACCCGGUUCAUUGCUCAUCCUCCUUCUUCUUCCAACAUCACUCUUUCCCCAAAUUUCUCAGCCCUUCUGAAUCCAGAACCACGGCCACAUCCUCAAUCUGGGUCCAGAGACGGUGCAAAUGGAACGGUAAUACCUCCGAUGAUCGGUAUGACCACAUCAGGGCCGAUGUUAAUUGCCCUCGAUGUUCCUCCCUGAUGUCUGUCGUUUUCUCGAACCGACCCCUAUCGAUUUCGGGUCGAGAACCCGGAGUCUACCAGGCACUGAAUCUCUGUCCGGGUUGCAGAACGGCCUUUUAUUUUAGGCCCUUCAAGCUGGCUCCCUUACAGGGGAGUUUCAUCGAGCUAUGUAGGGUUAAGGGGUCUAAGGAUGGUGAUGGAAGCAGAGAGAAAGAUUGUGAGGCUCCACAAUUGAACAAGAAUGAGGGGCCUGCACUGUCUUGUGGGAAUGGUGGUGGUGGGGGUGGGUUUUGUGCAGAAAGCGGCGAUGAUAACAGUGGCAGGUCAAGUUCGGUGAAGGACUUGCCAACACCGAAGGAGAUUUUUAAAGUACUGAACGAGUAUGUUGUUGGGCAAGAAAAAGCCAAAAAGGUGCUUUCAGUGGCUGUUUAUAACCACUACAAUAGGUUGCGCCUUGCUUCCUUGAAGAAAACCUCUGAUCAGGAAUCAACGGAAGUUGAAGAUGAGGACGAAGAUGACUCUGUUGAGCCAGAAAAAAGCAACAUAUUACUGAUAGGUCCUACGGGGUCAGGGAAAACCUUGCUGGCAAAAACACUGGCCCGUAUAGUAAAUGUUCCUUUUGCCAUUGCUGAUGCUACAACAUUGACUCAGGCAGGUUAUGUUGGAGAAGAUGUGGAAUCAGUAUUAUAUAAGCUUCUUGUGGAAGCUGAUUUCAAUGUUGAAGCAGCUCAGCACGGGAUUGUCUACAUUGAUGAAGUUGAUAAGAUUACUAAGAAGGCGGAGAGUCUAAACAGUGGUAGAGAUGUGUCUGGGGAGGGUGUUCAGCAGGCCUUACUAAAAAUGCUGGAAAGCACGGUAGUAAGUGUUCCUGAUAAAGGAGCUCGCAAGUAUCUUUCUGGGGAUAACAUUCUGAUAGAUACAAAAAAUAUUCUUUUUAUAUGUGGAGGGGCAUUUGUUAAUUUGGAGAAGACCAUCUCAGAAAGGAAGCAGGAUUCUUCCAUUGGCUUUGGAGCUCCAGUUCGUGCAAAUAUGAGGACUGGGGGAUUCACCGAUGCUGUGGUAGCAUCAUCACUUCUAGAAAAUGUAGAAAGUGAUGAUCUCAUUGCAUAUGGCCUCAUACCUGAAUUUGUGGGGCGUUUUCCAAUUUUAGUGGGUUUGUCUGCUUUGAAUGAGGACCAACUUGCUCAGGUCCUUGUUGAACCUAAAAAUGCCCUCGUUAAACAAUAUAAGAAGAUGUUUGGAAUGAACAAUGUAAAUUUACGCUUUACUGAUGAUGCUUUGAGAUUGAUUGCAAGAAAAGCUAUGGCAAAGAACACGGGAGCCCGGGGUUUGAGAGCUAUACUAGAGAAUGUUCUGACUGAAGCAAUGUUUGAGAUUCCAAACAAGGAUGAUGUUAAUAACAUAAAAGAGGUCCUAGUUGAUGAAGAGGCUGUUGGUUCAGUGAAUGAUCCUGGAUGUGGAGCCAAUAUCCUAUACAGAGAUGAUGGUGCUUCUUUGGAAGGUCAAGCGAGAUCCAUAAGUUUGUAGAUAGGGAAGGUCUUAGCUUGUGUAUAGUCCCCCCCCCCCCCCCCAAUUUCUAUUUUCCUAAUUCUUUCUCUAUUCUAUGUCUAUAUUCUUAUUUGCUAUCAUUCUUUUCUUCCUCUUUUUUACGAUACAUAGUUCACGAGAACAUGAAAAGCUUAAAUUUUCGUGAUUUGUUGUACAUAUUAAAAGGAAUUAGUGCUUGUAGUGGUUAGGGCAAAUUCCAGCAAGCCACUAACUUUGUUGGCUGGUGCUCGAGUGCAUGCGACUUCCCAAGGAUUUUAAGCAGUUAACUUCAUGGUUAGUCUUUU